CUGGAGAAAGUUGCAUCACUUGCCUCUGCUGUGACAAAAUUGGAAAUAGAAUCUUUUUCCAGCAUAAGAGGAAAUAUAGGAGUGUUAAUAUUGGCAAUAGAAAAUCAGAAGAAAUCUUUCUUUAGAGAAAAGUGAGACUUUUCAUACUUUACUACGUUUUUGUUUUUUUUUUAUCUUUUUGAAACAAAACGUUCGAUGCGGCUUGUCGGAUCUCAGUUUCAAGACAUGGAAGAGCGUCUCUCACCAUCUGCGCGUUUAGUCCGCAGUCCCGCAUCCCAGACGAGAAUCCACAGCAUUGAAUCCAUUUUGGGAUUUAAAGGAGAAAGUAUGUUCCACUCGGCGUUUUCCUACAGAUCAGGAAGACCCGUUAAAGACACUGAACUGUCAACUACCGGCGUUUUUUCGUCCCCCAAAAAGGACCCUAAUAACUCCAAAAACUUUGAAGGUGUCUGUAGAUCCGGUGCCGUGGUCAGUCCAGAUCUGCCAGACGGAGAUGGCAAAUUAUCGGACGAUGAAAAUCCCAAGAAAAAGCACCGGCGGAACCGGACCACGUUCACCACCUUUCAGCUGCACGAGCUCGAGAGGGCGUUUGAGAAGUCGCAUUAUCCCGACGUUUAUAGUAGAGAGGAGCUCGCGCUCAAGGUCAAUCUGCCAGAGGUCCGGGUUCAGGUGUGGUUCCAAAACCGUCGUGCUAAGUGGCGACGUCAAGAGAAACUGGAGGUGAGCUCCAUCAAGCUGCAGGAAUCCUCAAUGCUCUCCAUCCCCAGAUCUGGUCCACUGUCUCUGGGUAGUGGUCUCCAGUUGGAGCCCUGGCUCACCACAUCUAUUUCCUCCUCCACCUCACCUCUGCAAUCCCUACCCAGCUUCAUCACCCCCCAACAGGGUGUAUCAGCCAACUACACCCCUCCACAGUUCCUCAGCUCAUCCACGCUCAACCAUUCUCUGCCCCAUAUCGAGGCUGUGUGCCCCCCUCCAGCCGCGUAUCAGUGCUCUGGGUUUAUGGAUAAAUUUACACUGGAAGAGGCAGACCCACGAAACACAAGCAUCGCAUCACUCAGAAUGAAAGCUAAAGAACACAUCCAGUCUAUAGGGAAGACAUGGUAGAAUAAGACUGAUGCAGGGGGACUGAGACAAUCAGAGACUUUGGAAAAUAUGGUGCGUGUCCUGUAACUUGCUGUAUAAAAGAUAUUGGGGCCGUCAUUCAAGAAUCAAGGAGAAGUGCUCCUGAGAUCUAUUUGUGGUUAAGAAAUCUCCCUGAGUUGUUCAUUGUGGAUGACAAUCUUUGUAAAAGAAAUGAAUUGGGAUUUGUGUACAAGUUUUAUUUUCAUCAUGAGUUGAUUUCAAAGAGUGAAGUGAUAAUCUUCUCUGUAAAUUCUAAUAGACAAUCAGACUCUUUAUUGUGACCACAAAAAGUGUACAGGAUUUAAAGAUGUGUAAAAGAAAUCAUGUUUACAUCAUAACGCAAGCAUUUUUUUUUUAUUUGAACACCUG